CAUCUGGCUGCAAGAGGAGAGUGAGUGGGGGAAGUGGAGGUGGCCGGCGAAGGAAGGAAGGGAAGAGGAGCUGUCGGCGCUGGAGAAGGUGGGGAAGUUGCCGUUCCUGAAAUGUCGAUCGAGGAGCCGCCGGAAUGGCUGCCGGAUGGGUGGACCAUGGAGGUCAGAAGAGGGAAGACCGGUAACAUAUACAGGUACUACACAUCGCCAUUAUCUAGUUACACUUUCUGCUCAAAAGAGGCAGUUAUGCGCUAUCUCAAUGUUGUAAAGGUUGAUGGUCAUGAAUCUGAGUUAUCAGCACGUUCUGGAGAUGAAAGUCCACGACCUGUGCAACAAGUGAAAAAUUCAUUCAAAUGGUUGCCUCCUGGAUGGCUUUUGGAGAUCAGAACUCAAAGAUGUGGCUCAAAAGCACGGCAAAUAUACAAGUCCUACUUUGAUCCUUCUACCAGAUCCAGAUUCUAUUCCAAGGGAGAUGUGCUUCAGUUUGUUAAGUCUGGGAAGAUUUACAGUCCCACAUCUGAUCAGAAAAGACAUUGUGAAUCAGAAUCUCCCGAGCACGUUAUAGCUCAGAUUGAGUUUUAUCCAGAUGGGUUGCCUGAUGGAUGGUACAAAGAAACUAGAAUAAAAAAAAACAGAAGCGGAAUCAGAAAAGACCCGUAUUAUGCCGAUCCGGUAUCUGGAUAUGUAUUUCGAACACUAAAGGAUGUUCAGCGUUAUACUGAGACUGGAGAAAUUAGUAGACAUGCAUUUAGACCGAGGAAAAAAAGCCUGUAUGACAAAUAUUCCUUGAGAGAGGAAGAUCCUCUCCCAAGUCAGGCCAAAAAACUGAAGUCACCUGGAAUAGCUGUGAGGCGAUGCCUUUUUUCAGAACAGACACAAAAUUCAAAUGGAGAGGUGGUGAUCCGCACUGAUGAGCCGGAUGAAAAACCAAACUUGUCAUCUUUGGAUCACGCUUCUUUGCAAUGUAUUCAUGGUUCUUUGUCUGUGUGCUCUGUUCCAAACAUCAGUCAUGCAGAAGAAAAGGCAACGAAGAGUGAAAGGAUGUUUGGGCCUGUAAUUGAUAAUUUGUCAGAACCUGGUAAACACUUAACGGGCAUGGAAAACAAGGAAGGAAAUGAGGUUCUGUUGCGAGCAUUCAAAAAAUCGAAUUCUAUCCAGCGCUUCAAAAAGAAGGCCAAAAAGGGUAGACCAAGAAGGCAAGAAAAAUUUAUUGAGAAAUCAUCAGAGCCUGCAAACAGGAGUUUGGAUUCAUUGGAGCGGAAGCUGCUUGACCUGGGUGAUGAGAUACAGCCAGUGCUUGCAGUUGAGAAGUCAUCAGAAAUGUCUGACAAGGAGCCAAAUGAGCCAGCAGAUAUGGCACCAGAGCAACUGCUGAUAGAAUACCCAACUCAAUGGGAAACUGCAGAGAGUUUGGAGCAGGAAAAUGGGAAACUUCCAGAAGGUGAGUUGUUGGGAAACAAUAAGAUCGAAGGACCAGAGCAGAAGCUGCUACCACCAGAAGAUGUGAAGUCGUCACCCGCAGAGGAAAAGCAACCAAAGCCUGAUGGAGAGGCCAUAAAUGGUGGGAGCAGCAAAGCCAAAACUAAGAAAGCAGCCACGCAGCCUCGCCGGGCAUCAAAACGGUUGGCUGGGCUUAAAGCUGGUCCUCCUGCAGAUGACCUGAGAAUUGGUUACCGGUUUCGCUGGGCGAUGUCUAGGUGCAGAUCUGAUCAAACAGAAGACGUCGUGGUGCUGGAAAAGCAGGAAACCGAGGAGCAGAGUGGAAAAGCUGCCUCAAGAGAGCAGGCUGAGGCAGGCAAACCGACUGACGAUAAGCUGGAAUCCCCACUGACAUCACCAUUUGGUAAUUCUUGGCCGGACCCUUGCCUUGAAUUUGCAUUCAAGACUCUUACAGGCGAUAUUCCAGUGUUAGAGAAAAGUCUCGAGAUCCAAAACAUUUCGGAUCACCAGCUCAGUUCAGUUCAGAACUCGAAUCCGAGUGUUUUGGCUUCAUCAACUUUUGCUGGUGGUCCAGAGAGUUCCAGCCAGGCCGAGUUACCUCUCCAACCUGGGUCGCUAGACAAAAAUUGCUCGUCUUCCAGGGAACAGGAGAGGCAAUCCUCUACAAAGAACAGGCCAGAGUCCAGUGGGAAGGUGAUUCAACAAUAUCGUCGGGCCACAAAAUUACACCAGUAAUUGGCGUAUAAAUUUGUGAUCCUAAAUUGUUUUUGUGCCAUGUAAGGCUAUAUUCUGUAGAACAAACUGCCAUGGAGAUGUUGUAAAUUAGCCAAUGACAUCCUUUUAGCAGACCAGCGAUGAUAUGAACAUUAGUAAAAUGCCUCGGAGGUGGAAUAUCGG